AAAAUGAUGCAUUUCCAACACAACCUCAAGCAACUGUAGUUCAGUCAAAAUCGAGAUACCGUUUCGAACGGACGAAAAACCAAGCGAUCGUCGCGCAAGCGAAGCACAAUUUACAAAGAUUAUUGAUAACAACAAAGCAAAGCAUUGAGCUUACUUAGUUAGAGUGGAAGAAUAAUUAGAAUUCAACGCAAAACAGAAUAGAAAAAGUUUAAAAAAGAAAAAGAAAAGUAAUCAAGUUACAUUUUACGUGUCUGUUUUAAAAGAAAUAUAUUUAAAUUUUACUUGUGUCUCUGUGCAACAGUCUACGAAUACAAAGUGUUUAGUGUACAACAAAUGGAAAAAUAUUCAUAAUAAAAUUCGAAAACGUUAUGCCAAUAAAAAUCACCAAUUUAUUACAAAGUCAACGUUAACGUGUGUUAAGUAAGUGAAAUUAAAAAGUAAUUUAAGCCGAAGAAAGAGCAAUAAGAAACAAGUGGAUUUGUGUAAAAGUGUAGAAGUGUUGCAAUAAAGCAGUGAUUGUGAAUUGUAAAGAUCGGCCGAUCGGCGCAAAUAUUUGAAUUUCGAGAUUUCAAGUGCGAAAUUGUGUGAAAUUUUGAAAUCACAAGCGAUUUAGUGGCAUAAUUUGUGCGCUUAUGGAGUAAGAAAACAAGCUGGUGAAUAUUGUGACCUCAAAACGGAAAUUCAGUAACUGAAAUCACAACAGAUUUGGCUUUUUUUCCAAGCAGGGAUAUGUGUUUUUGAAGCAUACAAUUUUAUAUAAAGUAAACGCUCGCAGCUGUUGAAUUUUUCACAAUCAGCAAAAAUUUAUUAGCUUUAAUUGGCAGCUGAUCAAACCUACAGAUCAAGCAACUUUCAAGAAACCACAUUAACAAGAACAACAACAAGUUGAGCGACGCUGCCGCAAUAUAUAAGAUAUUUAAAUGUGCUACAACAGCAACAACGUGAAAUUAUAGCGACACCGCACACAACGAACACAUGCCAUGAUUACGAGAAUACAGGCAACAGCAAAAAUAACCAGAGUAAUAACAACUACACCUACAUGUAACGGAUCUAAGUCAAGAGCAAUGCAACAGCACACGAAAACAGCGAAUUUAACGACCACCACAACAACAGCAGCUGGUCUGAAGCAAAAACACACGACGUCACAUACGAUGACCACCACAACGACGAGGGCUAGGCGCGCUGCAACAACACUACGACGCUGUAGCCUGGCCGCUUUGCAGGUGUUGGUGCUCGUCUGCGCCUUGCCACCGCCCUUGCAACCGUUGCGCUUGUCGCCGCAACAUUGGUCGGGGGCCGUCGAGGCGUUGCCGAUCACCUCGAAGCCCAUCGAGGGAACCGCUGAAAAUCUGGCCUGGCAGGCGUGGCUCAUGUUGCCGCCCGAACAGAAGCAAUUGGAGAAAUCGCGUAAAGUCACACCGAAAUCGAUAUUUUCGCUGCCGUUCCGCGACUGUCCGCCCGGCCAUCAGCUCUUCCAGUCACGCUGCAUACCAACCGUGAACAUCAAUCAGAGCGACUUGUUGACACAGCAGGUGUUGGGCUUGUUUGGCGGUAGCGAUGCGGGCGGUACGGGCGCAACGGGCAACGACAAUGCCUACGAAAUCGAUUACGGUGACGAGGAGUACGAUCUGGGUUUGGGUGAAGGCGAACCGGUAAUGAUGUACGAAGCGCCGCAGCCCUACAACGGUGGCUUUGUGGUGGGCGCGAGCAAUACACAGCAGCCGCCGGCGCGUGAUGAGCCGUUGAAAUUCAAUCUGUUUGAGCAAAAAUUUCCAACCAAUGAUUAUGAAGCGGAUAUUAGCAGUGGCGCGAUGGAGGGCAGUGGUGGCGCGCGGCCAUUGACGGAAUUGCUGGCCUCGAAUGGUUCGGAAGGUGAGCGCGUUGGCGUGGUCGGCAAUGACAAUGAUGCUGGCGCGGCAUUUUUCAACUCAACACAAUUUUUGGAUGCAGUGCAAGGAUUUUUUCAACGGCAUGAGAGCGAAAGCAAUGCAACAGUAGCGACGGCGGCGGGGAGUAAUGCCAACACCACGGACCACAAUAUUCGCGCAGUGAAUGGCACUCAAGUGCUGGCUGAUUUGUCUGUGGCCGGCAGCAAUGUGUCGACAUUCGAAGUCGGCGAUAUCGAUGCGAUUAUAUUGCCUGCCGUGGGCGCGGGCACCACCGCAAAAACGGCGGUGAGCGGUCAUGCUGGUGACCUUGAACCGCAGCGCAUAUCACUUUUCAAGGAUGACAGCAGCGUACACCUGGUUACAACGGUAAUUGCACAGCCAGCCAGUGACAGGCGCAGCGAUGGUGAAGGCGUGGAUGCUGGCGAUUUGGUGGCGGCAGCGCAACAACAAGAAGAGAGCGUAACACAAUUUUUACGCGCCGAUGCGCUCUUGCCCUUGAGCAGUGCAGCGCCUUACAUUACCACAACAGCAACAGCAGCAACAACAACUACAGCAACUACUUUAAACACACACGCUGCUGGUCAUGCACCAGAAACGCUGCCAAUGGAGGCCAAAGAUGAGCACCCACGCAGCGUGACAACGCAAAAUGCGACGACUGCAGUGAACAAUACCGACGCGCAGGAGACGAGUUUCAUAACCACAACCGAACCUGAGGGCACUACAAACUUUCAAAUCGACGAAACAACCGUGAUAGAGGCGCAAGAUGUUGGUGACACCGUAGCAGCGGAGAGCAACCUCUCGCUGUUGGAGGCGAUUUCGCAGCAACAACAAUUGGAGCUUGAAAAAUCGAAAGCUACGGAUGUGGAAGAUGUCCCGCCGUCCACAACUACUCUGCUGUUGGACGCAAACAAUGAAGAGACAACAGUUGCUGGCGACAAUCAAACAACGGAAAGUAAGACAAUAGUUUACGAAACGAGUGAGACAAGCGAAACAACAACACAGCAGCAUGCAGCCGAAGAGCGCGCCGAUACAGCAGAGACGACAACAGUACAACCGUUACCCAGUGCAGGCGCAGCGCCAGCAAGACUACACGCCUCAAUUACACCACAAGGUAUGGCAGCCAGCACGCCGAGUACAUACCGGUUUCGCAACACACCCACCGUCGCCGCCGCAGCCAUCACUCCCAUCCAGCUGCCAUCGACAACCAGCGCCGCACACAAACAAGUCUCGAGCGUUGUCACCACAGUCGUACCGCAGACCGCGGAGUUGCUUGCUGUCGGUGAGGAGGCGACGACGCGUGUCAGCGUCGACAGCGCGAUCGUGAGUGAUGUACCGAGGAGUGCCAACACUAACAACAACGACGAUGAUUUAGUGAAUGUUGUCGCGGCCAGCAUCAACAGCGACAUCGAUAAUGACAGCAAUAAGUAUAAAAAUGCAGAGCUUGCGGAGGCCGGCGUAAAUAUCGCGCAAGAAUUGCAAAUGAUUAAUGAAUUGGUGAAGGGCAAUCGACAGGCGACCGCGACAAAAAUGGCAGCUACACAGACAACAGAAACUGCAGCAGUGACAACAGCAACUGCGGAGACAACAGUGCAAAGUACAACAACGCUGUCAGCCGCAAGUGUGCCCAGUUUGGAGGUGCAGAAAUCCGCAAACGCGGCAGAGCAAGAACAGGACAAGAGCGUGAGCGGUGCGGCAGCGUUUGAGGUGCGACAAGACGUUGACGGUGCAACAACAACAGCAGCAGCAACAACAACAACACAACAAGUGACUGAUGCAUCUACCAUGAACGAGUCUUCGUCGCCUGCGGCAAGCAGUAGCGAAAUCGUCACACCAACAACAGCAACAACAACAACCGCACAAUCACUCUCAUUGACUAAAAUGGAAAGUGCAAAUCAACGCGCCGAAUCCACAACAGUAGAAAAUGCGCAAAUCAUCGAGACGUCAAGUAAGCAACCGCGCGACGAGCUCAAGACUCCAAAAUCGAGCGCAGAACCUGACUUUGAGACCGAGGCCACGGCGACAGAUACAGAAGUUUUCGCCGCAACGACGCUUUGGUCGCGGAUUAUGCCCAUCUUUGGUUUUGGCGGCAGUGCCUCAGUUGCAGACGUAGCAGAAUCAACAACAACAACAACAGCGGUGGCGGAGAGCACUUCAAUCGGUAGUAUUAGUAGUAAUAAUAGCAGUAUCAGUAGAAGUAGUAGUAGUAGUAGUAGUAGUAGUAGUAGUAAAAGUAGUUUAAGUGAAAAAAGCAGCAGUAUGGAUAACAGCAACAACAAUAACAACAAUAUAAUUAUUAACAACAAAUCCGAUUUCGAUACGCCCACUCGUCGAAAUAGCAAAAUUAUACGUAUCGAUCACUUUAGUGACAAUACUGUAGCGACAGCAGCAACAACAACAAACACUUUAGAAGAUACAGCAGCAGCAAUAGCAAAAACCACAGAUGACUUCGCUAUAGCGCCGGAUGAGCACGAACCCAUGUCACAGUCGGCCUAUUGGUGGUUACCCGCCAAUUGGCGCCUCAAUCGCGGCACGACCGAAGAGCAACCGCUGCUCUUCCGCUUGUGGUCCGCCUUUCCCGAAAGCCAAAUGAAAACCAAAGUUAGAACAUAAUCACCCCAGUUAGUUGCUUCCCACAGCAAUGUCCACUCAUUUAGAGUGGAAUUGCGUAUGGAAAUUGGCGAUAGAAAUUGUGUUUAGUAAAAUUUUUAAAUACUUGGAAGCUUUAAAAGCUUCCGAAAUUCGGAGUCGCAAAAGAAGCGGGCCAAGCUGUCAUUAAAUGGGGCGGGGUUAGUUUUUCCCAAGAGCACUCGUACAAAUUACAUACACAAACCACACUAGAAAACAACAACAACAAUAACAAAGAAAUAAUUAACAUAACGCUUAGUGAAAUAGAGACCAAUGCAAUGAACGUGUAAAAAAAUAGACAAUUUUUUAAUAGUGAAAUACAGUUAAAUUUGUAGUAGAAAAAUUUUACGAGGGCAUGCGGAGAGGGGUGCUAGAGAACGCGGCUAUGGGAAUUAGGCGGCGCCAAAGAAUAUGCGCGAAAUUCGAGGUUAUCUCUGUGGCACCAAAAUUGGUAGAAAAUAUGAAAGCUUUUGAGCUUGGAGCCUGCGAGCUUUGUAACCUUAAGGUGGAAAACAUUUGUUCAGUGCUUCAGCUCAAAGUACGUUUGCUUUUAGAUGUUUCUGCGUAAGUGUAAGCGCUAGUUAAUCGUUAGAGAAUUGUGCUAACAGAGCUUUUCGUAACGCUUUAAUGUAAUGAUAAAAGCUCAUAGUUUUACGAAGUUCUAAUAUAAUUUUGAAAUUGUGCAGAAACCAAAAACGUUCAUUGAUUAAAGUUGAAGCACUAGUGAAAGCUGCAAAUAGCAUUACUUGCUAAGCGUGCUAACUGCGCUAAUAUAAUAUUUGUGUCUAAUAAUUUUAGAAGACCGUAUCAUAGAGCGCAUUGAGUAAGUGGAAAGCUCAAUUGUUCCUUAAAGCUUUAUUAUUAAAUGUGAAAGCUCUCUGCACAGUGUAGACAUAAAGCAAGUGGAAAACUUUGUCUUUGAAACAUCCUUAAGGCUUUCGUAGCUUCAGGAAAAAACUAAAGUUUUAGGCUCGCUACACUACUAAGCUUUUUGCGCUAAUUACGCCGUUUUAUUCGAAAUACUAAAAUGUGUAAAAUUUUUUAUAAUAAAAUUUGUACGCGUGUCGUAAAUGGCGCACCAUUUAAAAACCUACCAAAGUUGCCGUUGCCGAGCGCCAAUCAGUUGCUUGAAAUUCGCGCUAAAGUCGAGGUUGUCUGAUAAGCUUGAAUGAAAAAAGGGAAAAAAUCAUGAACAACAACAUGGUAGUAAACAAAAAUAUAGUAAAAUAUUGUAUGUGCUGAUGUUCUCUUGUAUGUAUUAAAUGUUAAGCCAUUGUUGCUGUUGUUAUUGUAUUGUUUUUGUUGCUGCUGUUAUAUACAUUUUCGUUUUACAUUACAUAUACUAUACGACACCGAGUAUAUAUUAUCAAAAUCAAAACCCAUUAAAAAUAUUCCUUUAUUUUUGUAUUUGUUGUAAUUAUACAUAUAUAAGUAACGUACAUAGUACCUAACAGUGUCAUUGUUGUUGCUGCUGCUGCUGCUGCUAAAGUUUCACAAGCAUGUCUCACAUAAAAAACAAAUGUAAGUAAGUACAACCACAUGCAUAACCAGAACAGAAAUAAAAAUAUAUAACGGUUUUUUAUGAAACUGCACGCAUUUCGUAUGAGGUCAUUCGCCGUUUUGCAUGCCUACGAAGUUAUUUGGGAAAAUUUCCAAAUGAUUUAAAGACCGUAAAAUUCUUGCAAAAACAGCAUGUGAAGCUUUUAUGUUUUUUCAUAUGAAACCAUAUCAUGUUUUUCGUCCAUACGUACAUGCAUAUACGAGUGAUUGUAUAUGUUUAUACCUAUAUUAGGGUGGUUCUUCAAAAAUCCAAUAAGUGUAUUUUUGGCAAUUUUAGAUGCUCAAUCGAUAAUAGCUGGUAGAAAGAUUGUGAAUGGAAAUUUUGUUGGCGAUCGAAGGCUGUUAAGUUGUCUUAGAGGGUGUUAAAAGCUUCAAAAACCACAUUUUUCUACGAAGAACAAAAAAUAGAUUUCAUUUAUCGCAGGGGAUUCACAAUAGUGAUAACUCAGUAAGUUUGCUUUUUCAACUUCUAUAAGAGUUCUAAGCUCAAAUAUUUCAGUAAUAUCCGCAAAUCAUCUUAGAAAAUAGCUUCUUAGAUUUUGGACCACUCUAAUUUAAUAUUUUCUACCUUAUAUAUUGUCUUCCAACACUUAUGGACCACCCUAACAUUAUAUAUUCUACAUAAUGUCUUCUACCACUUAAGAACCACCCUAAUGCAUAUAAGUAAGUGUUUUGCACACGUUGCCAACAUUCAAAUUGUCAAAAGCCAGCAUCAAUUCACCCACAACAUUUACACACACACAUACAAAAGAAAUAUUCGCUUGAUCGCCUCAGUGUGUUUCCUUGUUUUUCGUUCUUUAUCAAUCAAUCGGCUGCCUCCUCGACAGUGACACAAAACGGCGAAUGCCAUUGCAAUAUUUACCAAAUGUGAUGUAAUGCAAAGUAUAAGCGAAUCUAUUUUUUGUGUUAAGUAAACACAUAUGUUUUUUUUUUUAAUUUUAAAGUAAAAGUAAUUAAUUUUGUUUAUAUGUAAUUAUUUAUACAAUUUACUAUGUAAGUUUGUACGUAUUAGAUUUAAGUGCAUAUCUAUAUACUAUAUAUUUGUACAUUUAUUAACUAGCAUUUUAAGAUUUAUUAUGUAUUAUAACAAUAUUCUGUGUAUAAAAAUAUAAAAAUAACUGUAAAUGUCAGAAUUUUAAGCAAACAAAUUUAUAAUUAAGUAGUAAACAACACCAUUAAAUCCUACAUGUAACUAGCGUACGCACCAAAUUAUUUUUUGUAUAAAUCUAAUGAGCCCCUAAACUGUGUGUAUAUAUAACCGCUACUAAUCGAAAUGGCCCGAUUUUAUGUGAAAGCUCAACGUAUUUGUAUGUGUAAGAGAGCUAGUAAUGUUGUAUGAAAUUUAUAUAGAAAGGAAUGCGCAGCGCUUAAGUUAGUCUAUUAUAACUGUUAUUUAUACAUGUAAGUGUGUAAAUUAUUUUAUUGCAUGAUACAUCACAUUUUGUUACAAAAAAAUAAAAUAAAAUAUGGGCGAAUAAAUGUUUCGCAAAUACAAUGAGAACUUCAAAACCAUGUUCAGAGAGCUUUUGAAAAAAACUUAAAAGCAUUUUCCGAACAUCUUUUAUGAGGCUUGCAAUUUCAAACAAAGUUAUGUUGAUACUGACUAUACCAUAAAUUAAAUAAAAAAAGCUUAAAAAAUGGUGACAGCUUUGAAGUAAAUUAAAGUAUAACACUAAAGAAGAAAGCUGAAAAAAAUUGAAAGCUUUCAAUAAAAUAAAAACUUACAACAGUGUGAAAGCUUUAUGAUUUAAGUGAAAGCUUAACUGAACGUGCCUGGUUUAAAUAAAAUGUAAAAAACGCUAAAGAACAUCAAAUUGGGUCACCAAAGCUCGCGCUAAGCAAAGUGAAAAAUAAUGAUUAAAACUAACGGGUGAUUUUUUUGAGGUUAGGAUUUUCAUGCAUUAGUAUUUGACAGAUCACGUGGGAUUUCAGACAUGGUGUCAAAGAGAAAGAUGCUCAGUAUGCUUUGACAUUUCAUCAUGAAUAGACUUACUAACGAGCAACGCUUGCAAAUCAUUGAAUUUUAUUACCAAAAUCAGUGUUCGGUUCGAAAUGUGAAAUCCGCUUUUUUAUCGACAAAUUUUGUUCAGCGAUGAGGCUCAUUUCUGGUUGAAUGGCUACGUAAAUAAGCAAAAUUGCCGCAUUUGGGGUGAAGAGCAACCAGAAGCCGUUCAAGAACUGCCCAUGCAUCCCGAAAAAUGCACUGUUUGGUGUGGUUUGUACGCUGGUGGAAUCAUUGGACCGUAUUUUUUCAAAGAUGCUGUUGGACGCAACGUUACGGUGAAUGGCGAUCGCUAUCGUUCGAUGCUAACAAACUUUUUGUUGCCAAAAAUGGAAGAACUGAACUUGGUUGACAUGUGGUUUCAACAAGAUGGCGCUACAUGCCACACAGCUCGCGAUUCUAUGGCCAUUUUGAGGGAAAACUUCGGAGAACAAUUCAUCUCAAGAAAUGGACCCGUAAGUUGGCCACCAAGAUCAUGCGAUUUAACGCCUUUAGACUAUUUUUUGUGGGGCUACGUCAAGUCUAAAGUCUACAGAAAUAAGCCAGCAACUAUUCCAGCUUUGGAAGACAACAUUUCCGAAGAAAUUCGGGCUAUUCCGGCCGAAAUGCUCGAAAAAGUUGCCCAAAAUUGGACUUUCCGAAUGGACCACCUAAGACGCAGCCGCGGUCAACAUUUAAAUGAAAUUAUCUUCAAAAAGUAAAUGUCAUGAACCAAUCUAACGUUUCAAAUAAAGAACCGAUGAGAUUUUGCAAAUUUUAUGCGUUUUUUUUUUUUUAAAAGUUAUCAAGCUCUUAAAAAAUCACCCUUUAGAGCUUUCAAAAAUAUGAAAAUGCUGAGAACAGUGAAAGUUUACAUGAAAGUGAAAAGUUUAAACCAGGAAAAGCUUAAAAAAAUCUUAAAUACACUGAAAACGUGAAGCAAAGCGAAUGUUAAAAAAAAAGCUAAAGCAUGGAGAAACUUUCAAAGUGCAGACAAAGCUUUUAACAAAGUAAUAAUGAAGUCUAGCUCAAUGUGAGAACCUUAAGUAAAGUGAGAAGUUAAAUUAAAAUCAGAGCUUUUACUAAAGUGAAAGCUUAAUGAAAGUGAAAAAAUUAAGCUUUUCAUAAUAAAAAUUUUCUUUGAAACAAAUAAUAAUUUCUCUGAAACUACAAAAUUGAUUAAUAUAUUCGCCGGACAAUAUAUUAAAUUUAAUUUCAAAAAAGUCAUAAAAAAGCUAACAAUUUUACUUUAAUAUGCGUAUUAGAGUGAAAUUGAAGUGAGUUCAUGAAAAUAUGAAAAAUAAUCAGCCUAAUAAAUGAUUUAGUGCAAUAUUUAUUUAGACAAAAAGUGCAAGUAACUGAGCUUAAGCUGCGUUUACACUUACUCACAGUAGCUUUCGAACCGCAUGAAAGCUCACAAAAGCUUGUAAACAACUCCACUACAAAAACAAAGAAAAGUAAAAAAAAACAACACAUACAUUUACACAAAUAAUUAGCUUUUUGUGUGAACAGCGCUUAAAUAGAAUGAAGGCCAACAAUUACUCAAAUAUUUGCUAGUUAUUAUUAUUAUUAAUUUCGAAUUGCAUUUGCGCGCAUUUGCAGUCGAAUGCUAACGGUGAUUUUCUGCAUCACAACAAUUUUUUUAGUCAGCGAAGAAUUUGCAAUAAAUAAAUAUAUUUCAUAUUUUUAGUAACAAAAUGUAAAAAUUAAUUUAAAUGAGAAAAAAAUAAAUCUGUUAAUAUAAAUUAUGUAUAGCCAUUUAUUUAGCUAGCAUACAAAUAACGGUAUAAGCUAUAAAUGCAUGUGAAUAACUGUAAAAUUAAUACAAAAUAAAAUAUGCAAGGUUAUA